AUGCCUAACCCACUCGAAGACCCGCGCCUGGUCGUCAUCGGCCUUGCCCUCGUCGGCGUGCUCUGGAUCUUCCUGGCGCCCGGCAACGGCGGCGCGUCUCUCUUCUCGGCUUCCGACCUCGCGAUGCAGAGAUUACAGAGACACCAGUACGCGCUCGACCUUCUCAACUCGUCGUCAUGGGGCGAUUUCUCGCCGCGGCUGAACGGGACGCAGGAGCUUCCUCGCUCGCUCAACAUCACGGGCUUCCGAGCACAGGAUGGCUUCGCGUGGGAUGACCUCGAAAAGUUCCAGGAGAAGUGUUUGGAGUGGAGCCACAAUGCAAUACCGCCUGUCGGAGGAGUGAAUCUCUGGGACAUUGGCGAGGGCGAGGCGGUUUGGCAGAAUGCCACUGGGGCCGUGAAGGGGACUUGGGUGCGGAAAGAGGCAUCGGCGAAGAGGCAGUGGACGAGUUACAACCUGAGUGCGAUCACGCCUAGUCUGCACUGGAGCGGCGCAGAGGCGGAUUGGGCCAGGAAUAUCACGGGAGACGAGGGCAAGAUUCUGCUGGAUCUGAUUGACACGGGAAGGCAAACCAAAGAGUUUGAGUAUCGAAGUGUUUUGGACGACGGUAUUCCCUCGUCAGGGGGCAGGGUUCGGAGUGCUAAGGCCGCUUUGAAUAUCGAAGACAUCAAGGGAACCGGUGUCAACUGGGAGAUGAGGUUGCAUGGGGUUCAUUGGCCGCGUCAAGGGACCAUCCUUCUGACCACUACCAGUGAGAAGUUCGACGGCAUUUUCGGGCUGCCUUUUCUCACACCCAGCCCCGACUUUUUCCAGUCCAGCCGGAGGCUUCUUAACGCGACUCUGGCUGAGGUGUUGCGGCGAAAGGAGCAGGAGGUUUUUAACGACGGCGUGAUGCCCUGGACAUCAGACCCGUCCAACCCGCCAGAUACCCUCAACCCGUCACCGCAUUGCGAGUACAUCAUGUACGCGCAGGUUCACCCCCCGGACAGGAGCCGACUCAACAUGAAAGGCUUCCAGCCUAACAGGGCAGGAAUGUCUCGGAUCAUCAGCGACAUCGAACAAGAGCUUCGCUUCCCGGAGGGUGCUCCCAUUCGCGGCAUCCCAGAGCUGAAACUAUCAGCCAUCAUCUGGUCCCCAGACUGUGGGUUCUUUCUCGAGACCAAGGGUCCGCCGGACUUCGCAGCAGCAGACGGCGAGCAUCUGCAAGGCAUGAAGACGGAGAUCAUAUAUCACAAGAUCCGCGUCUGGAUACUCGCCUUCGCAGGCGUUAUUAUCGCCCAAGCACUCCUCCUCAAACACCAGAUAAAGGAGUCUGCCACACCGUCGACUAUGGGCCGCAUCAGCUACUCUACGAUUAGUAUGAUGGUCAUGGCUGACGGCAGCGUCUUCGUGGCGGCAGCCAUGUGGGUUCUCGACGCGAGUAUCACGUACCUUGAGUCUCUGUGUCUCCUCUUCGCCGCACUCCUGUCCAUGUCCAUGGGGGGUUUCUUCCUUGCUGAAAUCCAUAAGGUACAGGAGCCGGAGAACAGGAGACGGAACGAACGCGAGCAAGCCGACACACCACGCACGCUGGCCACGCCCGCGCAAAGCCUCGGCGCAGGCGAGCUUCCCCGGCCCGUCACUGCCGGACCGCGCAGACGAGCCCCGAGCCCCCCGAUCAUCGUGCCCUCUGACCAAGACAUCGACGCCGAGAUAGAUAUGGUUACGACGGGCGCCGCUGCCGUACCGACCCCUGGCACCGCCCGCGCCGGCGGUUCUGAAGUCACCUUCCAGUCGGUCAUUUUUCGCUUCGCCAUGAUCGUAUCCCUCAUUCUCUUCGUCUCCAUAGCCUCCACGUCAUGGUAUCCCCGCCUGCGCAACCUCUUUCUCAACACUCUAGCCAUGGUCUACUUCUCCUUCUGGGUCCCCCAGAUCUACCGCAACAUCAUCCGCAACUGCCGCCGAGCCCUGACCUGGCGCUUCAUGAUCGGCCAGUCCGUCCUGCGCCUCCUCGCCUUCGCCUACUUCUACGUCUACGAGGAUAACUUCCUCUUCGCCGAGCCGGACCACCGCGCGUUCCUCGUCUUCUGCGCGUGGGUGUGGAUACAGCUCUGGAUCCUGGCCUUCCAGUUCGUCCUCGGCCCCCGCUUCGGCGUCCCCAAGAGCUGGACCCCCGACGCCUGGGACUACCACCCGGUCCUCCGCGAAGACGGCGUCGAGGCCGGCGGCCUGCCCAUCGGCCUGCUCUCCGAGCCGGGCUCGCCCUCGCUGGACAGGGUGCGGAAGGGCGAGGACAAGAAGGGCGGCGGCAGCAACCUGCGCGCCAUCGACUGCGCCAUCUGCCGCGAGGUCCUCGAGGUGCCCGUCAUGAGGGCGGGCGAGGAGGAUCCCACGGCCGGGGGCGUCGUCGGCGUGUUCACGAGGAGGAACUACAUGGUCACGCCGUGCCGGCACAUCUUCCACAGCGCUUGUCUGGAGGGGUGGUUGCGGUUCAGGCUGCAGUGUCCUAUUUGUCGGGAAGAACUGCCGCCUUUGUGA